CCUGCAUUGAAAUAGAUAGAAUUAGUUCGACUUUAAAGCACUUUGGACUCAAAAUAUUUUAAACGAUUCUCAGCGGCGCCACACUUAGGUUAGCAAGUGAUAGGGGAGGAGAUUGAAUUGUUUUUUUAAACCCCCCCUUGAAAACGCAAUGUGUUCUUGUCCUGUCCCAACUACUUGGUAAUCUAUUCCUGCUAGCAGGGAGGAUACGUCGCAGGAAGGGUAAAAGGAGACAUUUUGUGGCGGAUGAGUUGCUUAUUUUGGUGUCGAACACCCCCCUCUUUCAGUUGCGCUCGCCCGUAUUUUCUUUCGGAAAUUAACGAGAGGCAGGAAGAAAUCGAUGCGCCGAACGCCCGCGAAGGCAAGAACUUGGUUGUGAUGGAGGAACUCCAAGACGUCCAGUUGACCGAAAUUAAGCCACUUCUGACAGAUGGGAACUCUGCAAGGAACUUCCAGGAUUUUGACUGCCAGGAACAUGACAUCGAAACUGCACAUGGGGUGCUGCACGUGACCAUGAGUGGGACCCCUAAGGGGAACAGGCCUGUCAUCUUAACCUACCAUGACAUCGGUCUCAAUCACAAAUCUUGCUUCAACACAUUGUUUAACUACGAGGACAUGCAGGAGAUCACACACCACUUCGCCGUGUGUCAUGUCGAUGCCCCUGGGCACCAGGAAGGAGCUCCGCCUUUCCCUACAGGGUACCAGUAUCCCACCAUGGAUGAGCUGGCUGAGAUGCUGCCUGCAGUUCUAACCCACUUAAAUGUUCAGAACGUGAUUGGGAUUGGAGUCGGGGCCGGAGCCUACAUCCUAACUAGAUUUGCACUGAGCCACCAAAACCUCGUUGAAGGACUUGUCCUCAUCAACAUUGACCCGUGCGCUAAAGGAUGGAUGGAUUGGGCUGCAUCGAAGCUUUCUGGAUGGACCACCAACCUGGAUGACAUUGUUCUGGCUCAUCACUUCAGCAGCGAUGAGCUGGAGAACAAUUUAGAACUGAUCCAGACCUAUCGACUCCACAUAUCGCAGGAUAUUAACCAGGAAAAUAUGUAUCUUUUUGUCAACUCAUAUAACAGUCGUAGAGACCUGGAGAUUGAGCGACCAGUUGUUGGCGUGAAAGAAACAACAGUUAAAACUCUGCAGUGCCCUGCCUUGCUGGUUGUCGGUGACACCUCUCCUGCUGUGGAGGCUGUGGUCGAGUGCAAUUCUAGGCUAAACCCAACGAACACAACACUACUGAAGAUGGCAGAUUGUGGAGGGCUUCCACAGGUUGUCCAGCCUGGCAAGCUGACUGAAGCCUUCAAAUAUUUUGUCCAGGGAAUGGGCUACAUCCCGUACGUCCAGCUCAAUCACCUGCACGGUGAAACAGUGCCAGCUGUCACCAUGACCAGGCUAACCCGGGCUCGCACCACCUCGACCUCAAGCGUGGGAUCCGGAGAUGUCGCCCGCAACCAGUCUCCCGCUGCCAACCAGGCAGAUGCUGUGGGCAACAGUGAAACAGAGCAAGGCAGGUCUCAGACCAUGGAAGUCUCCUGUUAAAACAGCAACUUGUUCCUUUAUUUAUUCUUUUAUUCCUUCCUUGGGUUUAAGAAAUUCCUCUCAACAUGGCUGAGCUGCGGCCUCAAAAAUGCAGAAACUCAACAAUGGAGAAGAAGUUUAAUUGUCUCGUUAGUGCAUGCUGGCACUCUGGUUCUUACCCUGUAGUUGAUGUUCUGUUUUUGUUUCUCGCCUGUGUAGUGUUACGUUCCAGAAGUUUACAUGCUAGUCAGGAUGUCUUGUUUCUUUCUCUCUGGAUAUAAAAGGGGCCGUGCUAGAAACUUCCUCACUCCACUCUGUGAUGCUAUGUAAUGGGCAAGCAUCAACGUUUUUAAUUCUGCACAAAGUUUUUAUCGUAAUCCUUUGCUAGACGUUUCAGUUGCAUUGAACUCUCUCUCGCCAAAGGCUGGGCAUUUGAGUAUAGAGCUAGGUCUAAACUUGAUGUUGCACUGCAGUCCCCAGCAUGUGGAGACUCGUGAGGAAAUACUGAAUCCGUUUGCGUUAAACCUUUAAACCCAUUGGCGUGAAUAUUCCCGUUAUGCCUAAAGAUCCUACUGCGUUGCAAAAAUAACUGAGCGGCCUAUUUCUGCCAUCUUAGCCCCCAUGCCAACUGUACGUGGUUCUCAUUGUCAAUUUGUCCUUGAACAUUGCUGGCAUAAAACACCCAAGAAAACUGGCUUAGUCUCUGAUACUCUUGAAGAUUCAAAGUGACCUCUCCAACAAUUCACACUGCAAACCAGUCUCAAAGAUCUUCACAGUAUAUGACUAGGUCUUUUGUUACCAAAGCUUGGGGAGGCAAUUAUCCACCCAAAGGCACGACUGGGUUGAAAAUGAGGAAGAGUGGGUAGCAGUGGGGAUGAGGACUACACAUUUAGACUGUUAAGUUUUCCCCAAAGAGCCUCUACUCAACUACGUAUUCCCAAACCCAGGAUGCAAAUACCCCUUUAACUGCUAACUUUGCUUGUCCCUUGCUUUCAGUGGUAGAAGGAUAGUGAGCUUGAGUUUUUUUUUUUAAAUCCUUUCUGCCACUUGGCGUAGAAUUAGGAAGCACCAUAGGCGUUGACCCAAACCCACCCUCUGAGUGAUCUGAGUUUGUGUCUAACUCUUGCCCUUCUUUACAUUUUCUGUUCUCUGAGGCUGGAGCACCAUCUUUAAAAAAACAAAUAUAUAUAUAUAUUAAAAAGUUAUAAAAAGAAAUACCACAGGUACAAAAACAUGUUGUGUAAGCUUGCAGUGUCUGUGUGUAGGUUUGUUGUGAUAAAGUGCUGUCCUUAAAGACCUAGAGAUGUAUUAAGAACUGAUAUGAAGUACAAUGAGCCCCAGCUUACACUUUUGUAAAUGGCUGCUGGAUCCAGAUGUUUGUGUGCAUUUGCAGCUGGAGUUCAUUUAAUGCAUUUAUUAAAAUAGAAACAUGUUGUGUGCAAAUUGCCUUGUUUUGCCUGUAGUCCAAUAAUAACCAGUCACUGGGCGUGAAGGACUUUGCCUUCUGUUCUAAUUUUCUUCUAACAUUGGGUCAAACUAGCCCUCAAUGCGGUUAAUGAAUGAUAUCACAGAGCACUAUGCACAGAUACAGGCUCUUCGGCCCAUCCAGUCUGUGCCAGACUGUUACUCUGCCUAGUCCCAUCUAUCUGCACCUGGACCAUAACUCUCUAUACCCUUCCUAUAUACAAACUGCUCUUAAAUGUUGCAAUCAAACCUGCAUCUACCACUUCUGCAAACUCAGUGGAAAAAGCCUGUUUGUAUUUCCCCUAUCUAUAGAGGAAGAAGAAGAAAGCCCUUAACUCCAAGUGGAGUCAUCGGGACGCCGACAUGAAGGCGUUUUUUUUUAACAGGCUUUCUUAUUUUUACGAGGCUGAGUUGCUAGCUCAAUGCUUGACGGAUGGAAAGCGUGCAAGAGAGCCGGCUGGAUUCGAACUCGGGAGCCUUCACUCCGAAGUCCGGCGCUGAUGCCACUACACCACCAGACGGCCAGCCCUAUAAUUACUGUACAGUAGUGUAUGUAUUAUAAUUACAGUACUGUACUGUACUGUAUUAUUAUAAUUACCCCUCAUAAUUACUGUACAGUGCGUAAGUCUUAGGCACUGAUAUAUAGCUGGGUGCCCAAGGCUUUCGCACAGUAGUGUAUUUGUCAAUGUGGAACACAGAGCGAGUUUGUAAAUCUGGUGGGAGCAAAGGAUGUUGGGAAUGGCAAGGGUGGAGCGCCAUGGGAGGGGUGUGGGACAGGUAGCAGAGAAGUGCCAGGGGCAUAGGUGGCAAGGGUACAGACACGCCCAGCUCUGAGGAACCAGGCAAGGUAAUUUGAUUCCAAACAAUUGGUUUCCUGAUCAUUAGAGAAUGUCUCUCUGGUGCUCCCUGCUCCCUCCCCUUUUCUCAGUCAUGACUCCCCUCUCGUUGCUCUCUUCCCACUCUCAGUCUACAGUAGAAACCCACAUCAAUAUCAGGUUUAUCAUCACUCACAAAUGUCUUGAAUUUGUUUUUGCGGCAGCAGUACAGUGCAAUACAUAAAGUUACUACAGUACUGUGCAAAAGUCUCGGGCACCCUAGCUAUAUAUAUGUGCCUAAGGCUUUGGCACAGUACUGCACCUAUUCAAACUCUCUUAACUGUUGCAAUUGAACCUGCUUAUACUACUUCUGCUGGUAGCUCUUUCCACACUCACACCUCCUUCUGAGUGAAGAAAUUCCCCCUCAGGUUCCCCUGAAAAUUUUCACCUUUCACCCUUCAUGUAUAGCUCUAGUUGUAGUCUCACCUAACCUCAGGGUAAAUGCGAACAGAAUUUUUCCACUAUCUGUAGCCUUCAUAAUUACUGUAUGUAUACUACAACAAAUCUCCCCUCAAUCUUCUACGCUCCAGGGAAUAAAUGCCCCUUCAAUUUGGACUUGGAACUGGAAGGGGGAACGUUUGCAUCAAUACAAAGCCUAAUGUAGACCAUGUAUAUGUUUUUACCGAUUAACUGGAUUCUUAAAACACUUCCUUCAGUUAGUCCUGACGAAGGGUCUCGGCCUGAAACGUGGACUGCACCUCUUCCUAUAGAUGCUGCUUGGCCUGCUGCAUUCACCAGCAACUUUGAUGUAUGUUGCUUGAAUUUCCAGCAUCUGCAGAAUUCCUGUUGUUUUUGUUCUUAAAACUCACACUGAUUCCUCAAUAGCACAAGGAGAACAGCCUGGCCCCGUCACCAAGUUGUUCUGAAAUCCAAACAGAGAAAUGCCAUCUCAUCCAGAAUUGAUUAAUUGAUACUGAUAUUGACCAGUUGGAAACCUGGUGCAUGUUAACAUAAUCAAUCAUCAAUCAUGCUAUGACAAUACAGGUAUUAACCAAUAGAGUCUCCACAUUGAAGGUCAGUAGUACUUUAGAAUUAGUAAAAUAAGUAACCACCAGUGAGUGUCACUUUAGAAUUCUCUGUUUGCGUCCUCGUCUUGAUCUGUCAAAUGUCUCCGGUUCCCCGCUGUGCAAAGGGAAGCAAUCCUCUUUAAAUACUUUCCUUGCCUGGGGUGGCUGCACUCUGUAAUCUAUUCUUGCCUGGACAUUUGUCGUAAUCCUUGCUGCAGCUUCCACUUGUGGGCACUCUGUAGCAACACAUUUCAGAAACAGUAUGUCAACCAGAGAGGAAUGCCACUGCAGAUCUGAUAAAACAAAAACAAACAAAAAAAUUCUUGAAAUACUCAGCAGGUCAGGUGGCCUUUGUGGAAAGAGAAGCAGUUAACAUUCCGUGUUGUUUGAGGAUAGGUCAAGUGAGCUAAGGCUUUUCUCUCUGGUGCAGAGGAGGAUGAGAGAUGACCUGAGAUGGGGGUGUACAAGAUGAUAAAAGGCAUCGAACAAGUAGAUGACCAGGAAAUUUUUUCCAGGGUCAAAAUGGGUAAUAUGAAUGGGCAAAAUUUUAAGGUGAUUGAAGGUAAAUAUUGGAGGGAUUGUUUUACACAGAGAGUGGUGAAUGUGUGAAAUGCCCUGCCGGGAGUGGCUGUAGGGGCAGAUUCAUUAGGAGCAUCUAAGAAACUCUUAGAUAGGCACAUGGAUGGCAGAAAAAUGAUGAGGGAAGGGUUAAAUUCAUCUUAGAGUUGGUUAAAUGGUUGGCAGAACAUCAUGAGCUGGAGGACCUGCAUUGUGCGUAAUGUUCUAAGUUCAAAGACAUUUCAUCAGAACUGGGAUGAAGACAAUCUUCAAAAAUAUCUUGAUGAGGUGGAAGUGAGAGUGGGAUGUCUGAUAGGGUGAAAGUCGAACAGACAUGGGGAGAAGUUGUAAACAGUUGUCAGCUCAGUGAGUAAACAGAAGCAAUUAGAGAAUGGGAACACAGAAAAAAAUGUCGAGCGGGGUGACGAAUGUUUUCGAGAGCGUGUGCCCAAGUUAGUGGUAAUCUUCUUAAAAAAAACUUUCUUGCAAGCCAUGGUAAUUUUGAACAGAGAUUAUCGUUGAUUAAUGAAUUAGUAACAAAAAUUAUGAACUUUUUAAGGAAAAAGUAUGAGUCCUGUUGCUUAUUAUGUGUAUUCGUUCUUUUGCUAUUAAUAAAACUAUAAUGGACUGAAAUAAAGCAUUUUAGAAAACCUGUUCAAAAGUUAUAUUAAUAUUGCUAUCAUUUCAAAUAGUUUUGUUAUUGUAACCGUUUACUAUCCAAAUACUGAUGUGUACACCAGGUCUGUGAGGAUUGCAAAGUGUAUCAUCUAACAACGCGUGUUCUCACAACCAUCUAGCUGGUGCCAAGCUGGCGUGAGAUAUUUCCUG